AUGACAGACAACUGGAUGGGACACCAUUGCAAAUGCUCGAAAGAAACUGGUCCGGCAAAUCGCUCAUCCGGUUCAUGGGAUCAUAUCACGCCUAGAAGACUGAGAAAAUACACAAGCGCGGGUUUAGACAGGGAUGUGAAUGUGACAGAAUGGACAGAAGAAGAGGGUAAGAAAAAGAUAAGAAAGAAGGAAGAAAAAUCAUACAAAGGCUUUCGUCUCGUCGUCCGGUCAUCGGGAGAAGACCUUGACCACACCGUCUCCACCACCACUGACGACCCAGCGUCCGUCACGGCUCCAGACUACGGCGCAGACACCUUCGCCGCGCAUUAA